AUGUCCACAGAUAUACGCUCGGAGAUAGAAAGCAAUCCGGAACUGUAUGGGCUGCGGCGGUCUGGAAGGGCCAGAUCAAAGCCGUUGGGCCUGGCAGAGUUUUCUGACGAGGAGGACGAGGAUUACACGGCAAAGAAGACGACGCGUCAGAAACGCGCGUAUUCAGAUGAGGAAGCCGCCUUGGACGACGACGUGCUGGACUCGGACGACUCGGAGUACGGCGGGAAGAAAAAGAGAGGCAGGCCUCGGAAGAAGAAGCAGCCUGCGUACAAGCCAUCGGAACAGUUUCCUGGGUUCACAGAACUGCGGUUGUCGAACAGAAGCAACCGGGCGGUGAAUUACGCUUUGGACGCCGACGACGACGAUUUUCUGGAGUCCGAGGACGAGGACGGAGAGGCUCCUGGAGAGUAUUAUUCUGCAGAGCCGGAAGAGGUGGCUCCUGAGGAGGGGAUUGACCAGGUUCUGGACCACCGUGUGAUCGGCGAGGAGUCGGACGACGUGCUUGCGAACGGAGACCCUAAAAAGGAUUUUGAAUACAUGAUCAAGUGGACCAACACGUCGCAUCUGCACAACACGUGGGAGACGUACGACGCGAUCAAGAGCAGGAACGUCAAGGGCAUGAAGAAGGUCGACAACUACAUCAACUUGUACAUUAUCAACGACAGAGAAAUCCGCAAAGACCCGUUUGUCACGAGAGAGGAUAUCGAGCAGAUGGAGCUGGAAAACGAGACCAGACGCGAGAAUUUGCAGGAGUACAAGAAGGUGGAGCGGAUCGUCGACAGCGAGCGGGUCACGCUCGAAACGGGCGAGUCCGACCUGCGGUACUUGGUCAAAUGGAAGCGGCUGAACUAUGACGAGUGCACGUGGGAAUCGGGCAGCGAGAUCGCGCCGCUGGCGCCGCACGAGGUGACCAAGUUCCAGAACAGACAGAACUCCAAGAUUCUGCCGGGUCUCUCUGCGUCGUACGGCUCCAACAGGCCGCGAUUCGAGAAGCUGACGUCGCAGCCGCUGUUCAUCAAAAACGGCGAGCUGCGCGACUUCCAGCUGACGGGGCUCAAUUGGAUGGCGUUUUUGUGGUCACGCAACGAGAACGGCAUUCUUGCCGAUGAGAUGGGGCUCGGAAAGACCGUCCAGACAGUGUCUUUUCUGUCGUGGCUGAUCUACGCCAGACGGCAAAACGGCCCGCAUUUGGUGGUCGUGCCGCUGUCGACGGUGCCUGCGUGGCAGGAGACCUUCGAUAAGUGGGCUCCGGACGUCAACGUGAUCUACUACAUGGGCAACACCAAGUCCAGAAAGGCGAUCCGUGACUACGAGUUCUACAUUGGCGGCAACCGCAAGAAGGUCAAGUUCAAUGUGCUUCUGACGACGUACGAGUACAUUUUGAAGGACCGUGCGGAGCUGGGAAGCUUCAAGUGGCAGUAUCUGGCUGUCGACGAGGCGCACCGGCUGAAAAACGCCGAGAGCUCGCUCUACGAGAGUUUGAGCGAGUUUAAGGUGGCCAAUCGACUGCUCAUCACGGGAACUCCCUUGCAGAACAACCUCAAGGAACUGGCUGCGCUCUGCAACUUCCUGAUGCCGGGCAAGUUCCAGAUCGACCAGGAGAUCGACUUCGACACGCCUAAUGCCGAGGCCGAGGGCUACAUCAAGGCGCUCCAGGCUGCCAUCAAGCCCUUCAUCCUGCGCAGACUCAAAAAAGACGUCGAGACGUCGCUGCCCGGCAAGACCGAGCGUAUUCUCAGAGUCGAGCUCUCCGAUAUCCAGACAGAGUACUACAAGAACAUCCUCACCAAGAACUACGGCGCCCUGAACCAGGGUCCGCGCGGGUCGCAGAUCUCGCUGCUCAAUAUCAUGGCCGAGCUGAAAAAGGCCUCGAACCACCCGUACCUGUUUGACGGCGUCGAGGAGCACGUGCUGGCCAAGGUGGGCUCGCACUCGAGGGAAAAUAUCCUCAAGGGCCUGAUUAUGUCUUCUGGAAAAAUGGUGCUUCUGGACCAGCUGCUCAACAAGCUCCACAGAGACGGCCAUCGCGUGCUCAUUUUCUCCCAGAUGGUGCGCAUUCUUGACAUCAUCGGCGACUAUCUGCAGCUCAAGGGCCACUCUUUCCAGCGUCUCGACGGCACCAUCAGCUCGCACAAGCGACGGCUCGCUAUUGACCAUUUCAACGCGGAAGGGUCCAAGGACUUUGUGUUUCUGCUAUCCACCAGGGCUGGCGGUUUGGGCAUCAAUCUCAUGACCGCCGACACGGUGAUCAUCUUCGACUCCGACUGGAACCCGCAGGCCGAUCUACAGGCCAUGGCCAGAGCACACCGUAUCGGCCAGAAAAACCACGUGAUGGUGUACAGGUUUGUUUCGAAAGACACGGUCGAGGAGCAGGUGUUGGAGCGGGCGCGCCGGAAGAUGAUAUUGGAGUAUGCGAUCAUUUCGCUGGGCAUCACGGACAAUAACAAGUCGAAGACGAAGGCGGAGCCGACGUCUGGCGAGCUGAGCGAGAUCCUCAAGUUUGGAGCCAGCAACAUGUUCAAGUCGAACGACAAUCAGAAGAAGCUCGAGAAUCUAGACCUGGAGGACGUUCUGAACCAUGCUGAGGACCACGUGACCACGCCGGACCUGGGCGAGUCAAAUCUGGGCGGCGAGGAGUUUCUGAAGCAGUUCGAGGUGACCGACUACAAGGCCGACGUGGACUGGGACGAUAUCAUUCCCGAGGAGGAGCUGAAAAAAAUCAAGGAGGAGGAAGAAAAGCGCAAGGAGGAGGCAUUCCUUCAGGAGCAGAUCGAGAUGGCCUCGAGAAGGCGUCUAGCGGCGGUGAAAAAACCAGAGUACGAUGAGCAGGACGACGACGAGGGCCCGUCGCGGCGCCAGAAAAAGCUUGACAUGAACAACCUGACCGAGUCGCAGAUCAGAAACGUGUACAAGGCGAUCUUGAGAUACGGUGACAUCAGCGAGCGGCUGGAGGAGCUUGUGGCCGACGGAACGCUGCCGAACAAGAAUAUCAAGAUACUGGACCAGUGUCAGCGGGAAAUCAUGAAGACCAGUUCGCAGCUCGUGGCAGAGUACGAGGCAAAGCGUGCGGAGGAGCUGAAGGAGCUGGAGUCGAAGGCGAUGGAGGAGAAAGAGCAGCUGGCAAAGCUGCCUCCGCGAGCAGACGGCCAGCCUCAUCCGACGCCGGCGAUGCAGUUGUACAGCGCUAGAAAGCGCGACAAGAAGGCGAUUUUGUUCGACUACAAGGGUGUCAAGAAUAUGAACGCGGAGGUGGUUCUCAACAGGCCGCAGGAGCUAAAGCUUCUGCGUAGCGUAAUACCUGCAGACGACCCAAUGAAGUUCAAGCUAACCAAGGAGCCAAAGCCAGUGAAUGGCUGGUCUUGCAAGUGGACUAUCAAGCAGGAUACUAUGUUGUUGAUUGGCGUGUACAAAUUUGGCUAUGGAGCAUGGACGCAGAUUAGAGACGACCCGAUACUGGGGUUGCAAAAUAUGAUGUAUUUGGAGACGCCGCCGGCUGGCGCCUCGAAGGAAGAGAAGGAGAAGAUGAGCAAGCGAAUCCCGGCAUCGAUCCAUUUGGUGCGGCGCACAGACUACCUACUGGGAUUUUUAAAAGAGAUACAGAGCAAUGCUGGAUCUCACACCGAGCCAAAAGAGCCAAAGAAAAAUAGCCGGCCCAAAAAGACCACCAAGAAGUCGAGUACCCCGGACGUGGAAUCCAAAAGCGGCACUCCAAAGCCUGUUGGGUCUGGCGCCUCGUCUCCAACGUCCUCGCAGCCUACAUUGUAUCAGGUGAUGAAAAAUAAUAAGAGUUCUUCUCCAGAAGCACAGAAGCAGAAGAAGCCGGCCUCCAGUGGAACCAAGAGCGAGCAUGACCUGCUGAAGCCUGUGGACAAGGACCUAAAGAUCUGGGAGAGCAAGGGCAAGGGUCUGGAUAAGGCAGAAUGGGGGUCGAAGCUGAAAAGCUCUCUGAUCAGCAUUGGCAACCAGAUCGAGAAGGUGUCGAAAAACGACGCCAAGCUGAACGGUAAAUUGUGGGCCAUGGCACAAAAAUCGUGGCCAAAUGCGGGCGUGAGCUCAGAGCUGAUCAAGAAGAUGUAUCUGAAGAAGGUGGGUCAACAUAAAUAA